GCCUAGUUCCUGUUCCCAGGGCCGCGGGAAACAGCCGCCCUCCCUCCACCCUUCUUCCCUCCUCUCUCUCUGGCUUCCAACAACAGAGCCUGGCGCGAGCCUGGUGGAGACAUGGCAGCAUGAGUCAGCCCUAUGAACUGUCCAUCAAAGAUGCUCAGGCCUGCUGCUCUGACCCAACAUUGACCUCUGCCCCCAAUGACCCUGUCUCCUCCUGCUCAAAGCACCAUAACCGCAAUUCAAGACUAGACCCUCUACGUGCCAUGCAGCUGUCCACCGCCCCUACCCUGAAAUCUACAUCCACCUAUGGGUUCAUCAAGGACCUAUCCUCCUCCUACAGCCCUCUGAGAAGGCUACAGCACCUGACCACCAUGGUCAGCCACCCGGACCUGGUCCUACCUGGAGUCGGGGAAAGGGCCUCCCAGGGCUCCAGGGAAGACUUGCAUACCCGGAAUGCUGUUGGGAAAACUGACAUCGGCAAUUCCUUGGUCCUCACAGCUACCCAGCCAGGCAGCAGAGACACAGACAAUAGUAAGACUAAUCAUAGUGUGGAGAAGAAGAGUGACUGUUGCUUCUCUGACCCACCCAGUCCAGCUUUCUCACUGGAUAGCAACAGCCCCUUUGCAAAUGGCUACCUGCACUUUGAGUCCACUUUGUUUGAUGAUGAGAAUGAUGAUGAUAAUGCAGAGGAUGAUGAGGAUAUGGCGUUGCCUCUGACAGACAAAGAGAGAAAAGUUGGAAAGUCACCUGAACCUCUUCCUGGACUUUUAAACUUGAAGGUUAAAAAUGUACCAGAGCCAGGGCUGUCUGUGGGUAAAGACUUGCAGUCCCCUGGUGUCCCCCCAUUUACAGCACAUGAUGGGUCAGACGAGGACUGGGGGAGUGACUGUAAGCCUCUCUCUCUUGGGAAUAGCCCCUCUGGGCCUGCAAUGAUGGGCAGCCCAAAGAAGAAGUCCUUACCACCUGUAAAGUUUUUAAAAGGUGAAGUUAUAUGGGCAAAGUUCAACCGAAGACCCUGGUGGCCUUGUGAGGUGACUGUUGACCCACUACAGGGAACCUAUCACAAAAUGAAAGAGCACAGUGACAGGCCUUGUCGGCUGUACCACAUCAGGACCUUUGGGCUGCCUGUGGAACUGGCCUGGGUCACAGGGAAAGCUAUACACACAUUUCAUGGAGGCUUUGAGUUCGAACAGCUUCCCUUGCUGCGCAGGAGAGGAAGGCAAAGGGACGAAGACUACAAAUACAUUAUACCCAAGAGGUUUAAUGCAUCUUGGAAAACCAGUGUGGCUGAAGCAGAAUCUGCCCUCCCAGAGCGACCCAAAAUGGAUGUCUCUAUACCUGACUCCAUAAAUACAACCCUCUAUGAUGGGUCCACAUCAGAAAAAGAGAGCAAGGCCCUUCCAACACACCCUUCCAAUCCAUCCAACUGUAUACCCCUUGCACCAAGCAACUUAACAAACGGAUCUCUGUCACCUCACAGUAAACAUUCUCCAACAAAAGUAAGCACUUCCAAGAAGCCUCAAAGCAAGAAGAAGCCAAGUAAAGCAUUUAAAGCUAAAAAUGAGUGCUUGAACACCAAAACAACAUUUGACAGCACUGACAAGCCAGAGGGGGACAUAAAAGAAUGUCCGUAUUCAGACCUUGACUCUAUCCCCAAUAUUUUGUGUCCUAAAGCACUUGAGCGUCAAUCCAAGCAUGCUCAGACUCAGCCCUCAGUUCCAUUAGUAAAAGAGGUGAAGAAACAGCCAGAAGGACACAGUCGCCUGUGGUUCAGCAAACCAGGAAAAGACAGGCGUCUCAACACUACCACCUCCUUAUCUAACCACAGUGCCUUCAGCAAGGGUCCCUGCAAGAAAAAGACUCAAACUGCAGCUACUGUCAACAGAAAGACUCAAGCGUCUAGUGCGGCCAUCAAGGGAUGCUCUAUUGAUCAGUUGAAGACUCCAGUGUCCAGCGUAAUAGUAAAAGAACACCCUGCUGAUCAGUUGAAGACUCCAGUGUCCAGCGUAAUAGUAAAAGAACACCCUGCUGAUCAGUUGAAGACUCCAGUGUCCAGCAUAAUAGUAAAAGAACACCCUGCUGAUCAGUUGAAGACUCCAGUGUCCAGUGUAAUAGUAAAAGAACACCCUGAUGAUCAGUUGAAGACUCCAGUGUCCAAUGCAACAUUCAAAGAUAUUACUGGUGAUCAGUCGAAGACUCCAGGCUAUAGUGUAACAGUCAAAGAACGUCCUGUUGAUCAAUUGAAGCCUCCAGUCUCAAGUGUGCCCAAGCCUCCUGAUGAGUCGAAGGCCCUGGGCAAGCAGCCUGCACAUCUGCCUGCUAGCAACCGCCUGAUGACCAGAGCUCUUAAAGCUAUGGAGUUAGCAGUGCGGAAACAGAAUCUGUUCUCCAGUCCAAAGCCUGGCUGUUUCCUUCCUAUCAACAAGACAGAGGAGGAGGUGUCAUCUUCCACAAACACUCCUUCUGAUAAACCAGAGACCAAAACAGACUGUUAUACAGAGGAAAAACCUUUAAAGGUUGACAACGAUAAUCAGAUCACUGGUUUACCAAAUUGGUCCUCCUCAAAGUUCACCAGGUCAAAGGACUUUGAAGCAGAGGUUAAGACUGAAGAUGAGGGGUUCUUGAUAUCCCAGAUGCCUGUGGACUUUAUACCUCUGACAUCUGGGAAGGCAAAGAAAAAUAACUGUGUGUCUGACAUGUCGUCCUGUUCCUCGCCAUGCUUCUCUCCCAUGGACGCCUUCAAAGACAUUAAAGAGUUAUCUUUCAAGUCCCUGGAAUCAAGUGAGGGUGAUGGGAAACCUGUGUCUUUUAAACCAGACACUAACUACAAGUUCAGUACUUUCCUCAUGCUGCUGAAGGACAUGCACGAUACCAGGGAGAAAGAUGGAACUCCCUUGGAGCUGGAAAUCGGACCACCUAGUGCUCAUGUAAAAGAGGAGCCUUCCAUGAUUCCACCCUUACUGGGAGAGGAGUCACUCGGUCAAGGCCCGUGUCUCGGUAAAAGUAAACAAGGCAAGAGCAAAACCAAGGCCAAGCUCAAACCCAAGUCUUCUCUGAAGGUAGAAAUGCCACAACUUGAAGGCAGCACAAACCAGGUCAUGAAAAGGCUAUCCAAAAACAGAGGCUCAUCUGAGACUAAAAAGAAACCGAAUGGAAAAGUGCCUUUUGGUAAGAGGUCUCCUGGACCUGGCUACCUUGGGAUGGAAGCCUUGCACCACCUUCCGAGCAAUUCUUGGGAGAAGUUUGACCAGGAUUUAGAGACAUUAGGGGGGGUGGGGGAGGGCUGCAGUAGGCUAACGAAUGAGAGACUACAGAACAUGGUGCCUUUGGAGCAGGGUGGUGCAGAACCAUCAGUGUCCUUUCAGCCAAAGAUAGUGUUGGGCCAGCAGACUAUCGCCGCCACAAUUUCUGCAAACACUACACAAAGUACUGGGGAAGGCCAGGAGGCUCCCACAGCACAUAAACGAAUUCGAAAACCAAGCAAAAGACUCAUAGAAUGGACAGAAGAGUACAGUCAGAUAAUCUGCGCAAGGAAGAAACAGAAAAAGCCCCUCCAGCCUUUGGGAAAGGUGGCACAUUCCAACAGCAACAAACCAGAUCCCCUACCAUCAGGGAAAACCACACAUGACCACGCCCUUCUGAACCCACUUCCUGAAAUACAAACUCUGCCCCCAGACGAACCAUCCAAGACCCCCACUGGACAAGCCCCUCCCCCACUAGAGAAUACUCCCCCUCAGCAUGCACCUAUCCUGUCCAUAGAUACUCUAACCCCACCUCCUGAAGGAGACUCUUCGCUGCUGAGUGACGGUCUGACAAAGAAUGUUGGUGACGUUCCUUACUUGGAAACAAUCCGUAAGAGACAGAGGAAACCAACACCGAAGAUUAUGGAGACUGCCACAAUUCCAAAGAAGAGGGUCAAGUCCCUGAAGACCAUCUUAUCAAGUCAUCCUCUUCCUUCAGGCUCUGGACAACUCUUUUCUAAAUCAAAGAUCAAGCAACCUACCACAGCUACCCCUGCACCCUCCACAUUUACACCCUGCACCCCUGCACCCUGCCCCCUGACCCAGAGCAGCCUGGAGAAGGGGCCAGACUGUGACGUCACCAAGCCCCCCAGUGAGGAAACUGAUCUUCAUGACGAUGGGAGGGAUACCCUAGACCCAGAGGGUUUUACAUCCAGUUUGGAUGACAGCUUUUCAUCCAUGAGGGAGGAGUCUUCACUGUGCGAUGGCCCACUCUCCCCCAAUAAGAAGAUCAUAGGGGACAGAGGGGGCGCUGCCUCAUUGAAAGAGAAUGUGUGUCAGGUGUGUGAGAAGACUGGGGAGCUGCUGCUAUGUGAGGGCCAGUGUUGUGGGGCCUUCCACCUCCAGUGUAUCGGCCUCACAGACCCUCCUAUAGGGAAGUUCGUCUGCCAGGAGUGCAAGUCUGGUGUCCACACCUGUUUUGCGUGUAAGAAGCCCGGGGAGGACGUGAUGCGCUGUAUGAUCCCAGUGUGUGGGAAGUUCUACCAUGGAGAGUGUAUAGCCAACCACGCUCCCGCUGCCCCCCUGCACCGGGGUCUCCGCUGCUCUCUCCACGCCUGUCUGUCCUGCUUCAUAACCAACCCUGUCAACCCCUCCGUCUCCAAAGGUCGUCUGACACGCUGUGUGCGCUGCCCUGUGGCGUACCAUGCCAAUGACUACUGCAUGGCAGCGGGCAGUGUGGUCCUGGCCAACAACAGCUUCCUGUGUCCCAACCACUUCACUCCCCGCAGGGGCUUCCGCAACCAUGAACACGUCAAUGUCAGCUGGUGCUUUGUCUGCUCCGAAGGGGGCAGUCUGCUGUGCUGUGAGUCGUGUCCUGCUGCCUUCCACCAGGAGUGUCUGAACAUCGACAUGCCCGAGGGCAGUUGGUUCUGCAACGACUGCCUGGCCGGGAAGAAGCCCCACUAUAAGGACAUCCUGUGGGUCAAAGUGGGCCGAUACAGGUGGUGGCCUGCGGAGGUCAGCCAUCCCAAGAACAUUCCGGAGAACAUCCUACGUAUGAGGCACAAUGUAGGAGAGUUCCCUGUGCACUUCUUUGGCUCCAACGACUACCUGUGGACCUACCAGGCCCGAGUCUUCCCCUACAUGGACGUAGACACCAACAACAAGGAGAAGAUGGGGAAGGGUGUAGACGCCAUCUACAAGAAAGCUUUGGAGGAAGCUGCUAGCAGGUUUUUGAAACUGCAGGCAGAGAAAGAACUGAGACAGCUUCAGGAGGACAGGAGGAACGACAAGAAACCCCCACCAUACAGACACAUCAAGGUGAAUAGGCUAAUCGGGAAGGUGCAGUUCAUUACGGCCGACCUAUCAGAGAUCCCGCGCUGUAACUGCAAGGCAUCGGACGAGAACCCUUGUGGCAUUGACUCUGAGUGUAUCAACCGCAUGCUGAUGUAUGAGUGCCACCCCCAAGUGUGCCCAGCAGGGGAGGGCUGUCUUAACCAGGCCUUCACCAAGCGCCAGUACAGCCAGGUGGAGAUCUUCAGGACGCUGGCACGAGGCUGGGGCCUCCGCUGUGCCCACGACAUCAAGAAGGGGGAGUUUGUGAAUGAGUAUGUAGGAGAGGUGAUCGAUGAGGAGGAGUGUCGGGCCAGGAUCAAACACGCCCAGGAUAACGACAUCUGUAACUUCUACAUGCUGACCCUGGACAAGGAUCGGAUCAUCGACGCUGGUCCGAAGGGGAACCAGGCCCGCUUCAUGAACCACAGCUGCCAGCCCAACUGUGAGACCCAGAAGUGGACGGUGAAUGGAGAUACACGUGUGGGGCUCUUCGCUCUAAUAGACGUCCCUGCAGGCACAGAGCUGACGUUCAACUACAAUCUGGAGUGUCUGGCCAAUGGGAAGACUGUGUGUAAAUGUGGAGCUCCAAACUGCAGCGGCUUCCUAGGAGUCCGGCCAAAGAAUAACCCUCCAGCAGACGACAAGGGCCGCAAGCUGAAGAAAAAGGUCCAGGCUAAACGGAAGAACAAGAUGGAGGUGACCAAGGAGAGGGAGGACGAGUGCUUCAGUUGUGGGGACGGGGGACAGAUUGUGUCCUGUAAGAGACCAGGCUGUCCCAAGGUUUACCACGCAGACUGUCUCAACCUCACCAAGAGGCCUGCAGGUCGGUGGGAGUGCCCGUGGCACCAGUGUGACCUGUGUGGUAAGGAGGCGGCCUCUUUCUGUGAGAUGUGUCCCAGCUCUUACUGCACACUGCACCGCGACGGGAUGCUCUUCAUCUCAAAGCUGGACGGACGGCUGUCCUGCAGCGAACAUGACCCCUGUGGACCAGACCCCCUGGAGCCAGGGGAGAUCAGGGAGUACCUACCUGACACUGGGGCUCUCUCAACACGCCCGGGGACUGAUAUUGUACCCCCUCCUGCUGCUGCUGUGGCUGGUGCUGCUGCUACUACAACGGGGACAGGGGACCCCCAACCUGGCCCUGAGUCUUUCCCCCGUCUCCCCAUCUCUUGCCCCAACUCUGGCCCCUUCUCUGGCCCCAUCAGCACUCCUCUACCCAGCUCGAAGGCCCUCGAUAGCUCUCACUUAUUCCUUCCCCAAUACUCACCCAUCUCUUCCUACGGAGAUGAGAAGGAAGAAGUUGAGGAUCCUUUUGGUAAUGAAGACGGGGAUGGAGAGGGGAUUGAGGGAGAGUUGGAGGAUGGAGAGAUGGCAGGCUUAAAGUUGAAAGAUAAAGAGGAGGAGGAAGAAGAAGAGGAGGGAGAAGAAGAGGAGGGCGAGGAAGAAGAGGAGUAAAGACUAAUGUCCUUUUUCAACAACUCUGCAUCCUGGCUAAUCAUUCAUUGGGGGGCUACCUGCUUGUUCUUGAGGGUGGGACUGUGCUCAGCAUCAUGUAGAUUCACUCAUCUUUGUAUAUUAGGAUCCAUGUACAGAUGAUUUAUAGAUCUGUGAAUUUGAACACCGCCUUGUUCAGACAGACCCCUGAGAAAUAGCAGGAUGAAACAAUGUGGCCUGGAGCUGGAGGGUCGAAAUGGAGUAGGAGGGAGUUUUCCCUGGACACUGAUUUAUGGUCAAUUUUCCCCCUAAUAGUCCCAGUUAGGGUUUGUGAUAGGUAUACUGAUCCUAGAUCUGUGCCUAAGGGCACAAUGGGUAUGAUGGUAACUCUAGUCAUAUAGAUAGGUCCAUUUUAAUCUCUUCUUUGUUCGUUGUCAUAGUUGUUGGUUUGUGGUUUUAAUAACAUGUUUACAUUUCUGCACCUCCUCUUGGAGAACACGGCAACUAAUGUAUCUGAAGCUUCACCUUUAUCAAAGGGGAGACUGAAGAGAGGAGGAGCAGUACUGUCAAAGGCACAGAAAUCCCCUCGUGAGAAAGUAGCCUAUGGUGUGUUAGAUGGGCCUGUCAAGCUGGUUCUCUCUGUAGCAAUGCUCCUACAUGGCACAAAUGAGUAAUGCUGUGAAAUUAGUGCGUCAGCAAUGGAAAUUAUAAGUCAUACAAUCAGUCAUUUCAACCUUGUCAUUGGUGUACAGUUUAUAUCCAUACCUAUUUGAUGAUGAUGAAUCUAUCGUCUCUGCUGGCAUCUGCCUUACCACACCAAAUGAUACAGACACCUAGACAAUACACAUGAAAUCAAAUGGCUUAGUUAGUAAAUGUGGGUAGUACAUCAAGGUGAUAUUGAUAUUGAACAUGCCUAUAUCCUAAUCCAUGACAGCACUUUGUGUUUUCCCCUAACCCUGGCAUUGCAUUGCUCCUCUGUACUGAUAUCUGUUUGGGGUGCGUUUGGUUGUACUGUAGGUCUUUGAACACAACUGAAAUCUGAUUGAGUGGUCAACUAACGUAAAUUCAAUGUCAAAUCAACCAAAAAUGUCACCAUGUCAGGGUUUAGUUUAACAGUUGGGUGGGGGAAAAAUGAAAUUCCCUUACGUUGAUGACUUUUUCAAAACACAAUCAGUUUUCCACAUUGAUUCAACAUCAUCACAUUUAAUUUUUUGAGUUGAAUUGACUUGGAAACAACAUUGAUUCAAGCAGUUUUUGCCCAGUGGGAAGCUUCCUUACAUGGUCUAGCUUUCCCUUCAAACUAAACUGAACCUUCAAUGUGAAAGUGCCAGAGUGUACUCAGCAGUUGAGUAAGCUACUUGACGUAACCUUGACGACAGCUAGCUCACUUGUGUGUAUUACAUUCUCUAUGACAUAUUUAUAUUGACUUUUAUAACGCACAAAUGAAGAUGGGACUGACUUCUAGUAGUGACAUUGCUGUAUGUCACUUUAUAUAAUCCAUACUUUCUGUUUGCUAGGCUAUACUCCUUGCCAUUAGUUUAGCACUAAAAAGUACACUGGUCCACUCCCCUGCUAAAAUGCUUUCACUACCGUAUGUAUUUGUCUCAGCUAUGUGUUUUCUCCCUCUUGAAGCUUGUCUCUACAUCACUGUCUUUGUUGUGUCAGUUUUUUGUCUCUGCUUAUGCCUUUCCAAUUGAGUCAAUCAGUGUUGGGUUUUUGUGAAUGAAGGGAUGUGAAAUUGAUUCUAGAGGGCCAGAGAACAGAAUGAAGUGGAUUUGCCACAUUCCAGUUGUGGGAAUGUUGUGUUUCCAUUUCUGAAGCUUAUAACACACCUUUACUCCAAAUCUGCACAAUAAGCAUUAUUUUUACUGCUUAAUGUCUCCCAAUUUUGUCACUUUAGUCAUGUCGAAGUAUCUCUAGCAGCCUUUAUGUAUUAAAACUUAACUGGCUUAUUGUUAGAUGAGGCCCAUGAAAAGAUAUGUGCAAUUUCUUAUAUUUUAAUAGAAAACCAACCUGUUUUUUAAUUACUUGAAAAAUGAGUAAACCGGUUCAAAGGGUCCCUUCUUGUCCGUAUACUGUACUGUAAAGGUUGCCAUGGUGCCCCCUGCUGUUGUUCCGAUAUACAGAUACAGGCACCCACCGUCAUGGCCAUAGUAAAUAUCUAUCUGACUUGAACAUAUUUAUAGCACUAAAACGCCUACGAAUUUUAACAACACAGAUAGGUUUUAACUGAUCUGUUGGAAGAGUAUUUGUACAUUUUAGAUUGGCCUAGCCUGUCCUUCCAAAAUCUUAUAUAAUAUGUAUAUACAUUUUGUAUAUGAAAGCUAUAUAUGAUGAAUGAUAAAAAAAAAACAAGAGCUAAUAAUGAGUCUAGAGCCAGUGGAUAUCAUGCGUUCUCUGGUCUCAGCUUUGUCAUCAACCAUUCCCACAAACAGGAUCACUUCAACUUUGAUACAUAUUUGUUGUUUACGUUUGAGUUGCUGUCAACAGACGGGGUUAAUAACACUUUAUAUUGAUGUAACAGUAUCACAGUCAUCAAACAGAUAAUAGUAGGCUAUGAAAGCAUACAGUAUGAGGAGGUCGAGGGUCAUUUCUGGUCACGACGUGAGCUGGGAAUCGGAAGAGUCGGGAGAUUGAAGGCUCAACUAUCACUACAGUACCUUUGGGACUUGAUAUGAUAAUGAGCUGUAUAUCUUUUUGCUUUAAUAUUUUCAGUUUCUACAUUGUUAGUUACCCCUCCCUCCUCUUUGGAGGGUUCUUUGAUGUGGCACGAAGGAAGAGUUGGGAGGCUGUAAAAUGUUUUUAUACAUACCUACGUAUGUAACAAAGCUGGACAUUGCUUUUCUACUGCUGUUUUUGUUGUUGUUGCUGUCAUGCUUCUUAGCGUCUGACUCUCUUCCCUUCUGCCUUAUUAAGCCUUGUGUAAUUCAUCUGUUCAAAUUGUAACUGUUGAAGAGUUCAAUAAUAUCCUGCUGCCUUGUGAGGAUAUUGAAAUGUGCUGGAGUCCUUUGUACAUAAAGAAAAAAAUGUAAGUUGCAAUUA